AUGAAUAUCGAAAAGAUUACCAAUGGGUCAAAUGCAUCCGUCUCGACUGGCUCGCAUGUUCAGGGUGACGCCAAUGUCCCUUUCAUCCCUGCUUCGCUCACUGUCUCCAAGCUCCAGUACGAGAUCACUGUUAAACAGGAGCUGAAGGAGGGCGAGAAGAAGAGCCUCUUCAAGAAGCAACCUGAUGUCCAGCGUGCUAUCCUCUCCAAUAUCGAUGUCAAGGCCACCCCUGGCCGUGUCCUCGCCAUCAUGGGUCCCAGUGGAUCAGGCAAGACGACCCUCUUGGAUCUGCUCGCUGAUCGCCAGGCACGCAACAUUGGCAAGAUUCAGGGCGACAUCCUCCUGAACGAUGUCCCCGUCAAGCAGUACGGCUCCAUCCGCAAGCGUCUCGUCGGUUAUGUCACCCAGGAGGAUGACUUCAUCGAGACAUUGACCGUCCUGGAGACACUCACAUUUGCCGCCAAGAUGAGACUCCCUCGCGCAAUGUCCACAAAGGACAAGCUUUCCCGCGUCGACGACGUCAUGGAGGAGCUCAACCUGACCCACAUCAAGAACACCAAGGUCGGAGGUGCCGUCAUCCGCGGUAUCUCUGGAGGAGAGAAGCGUCGCGUCACCAUCGGUAUCGAGCUUCUCUCCAGCCCCAGUGUCUUGCUUCUCGACGAGCCCACAUCGGGACUCUCCUCGACCGAUGCCUUGAACGUUGCCAACGCCAUCAAGGAGCUUGCUCGCAAGGGUCGCACCGUCAUCCUGACCGUCCACCAGCCUCGCUCUGACAUCUAUGAGCUCUUUGAUGAUCUCUUGUUGUUGUCCAAGGGCAAGGUCGUCUACUUUGGCAAGGCUCAGGAAGCCGCCGCCUACUUUGAGGCCCUUGGUCAUGAAGUUCCCGUCGGUUGGAACGUUGCCGAUUACUUUUUGGAUCUUAUUACUCUUCACGAGGACAAAACCCCUAAUGAGGGGUCAUCCUCGUCCCAGGAGGACUUUGCUCAGAAGUACGCCAGCUUCCUCGCCACCAACCCCAAGGCAUACUUGACUGAGCUUCUCCAGAAACACCAGAAUGACUCUGAGAAGAGAAAGGACGAUGCCCUCUUGGACCAGUUCAAGAAGGCCUACACGACCGAGUACGCCACCACCACCUUGACUCAGACCUUGUUGCUCACUCAGCGUAGCUUGACCAACUUGGCUCGUCACCCCACCAUCUUCCAGGCCUCUGCUUUCAUCCACAUCGUCUUUGCGCUCGUCAUCGGUUCCUUGUUCUCAGGACUUAAGGACCGCCCUGAGAUGGGUGCCACCAGCUUCAACAAGUCAAUUGCCUUGUUUUUCAUCACCUCCUUCCUCGCCACCAUGACCUUCUCCGCCAUGCCUCAGUUCAUUAUCGAGCGUAGCUUGUUCUUGAGAGAGCGAGCUGCAGGAAUGUACAGAACCUCAUCCUACUUCUUCGCAAAGACCAUCGUCGAGACCCUCUCCUACACCGUCCUUUCGGUUAUCUUUGUCGUCAUCACCUACUACCUUAUCGGUCUCAAGGGAUCGUUGAUUUACUACUUUGUGGCCGUCGCCGUGUUUGUCAACGUUGCCCUCUCUCUCAUCGCUGCCAUCGGUGCCGGUGCCGAGAACGCCGAGGUCGGUAUGAACAUGCUCUCGCUCAUCAACACCAUGGCCAUGUUGUUCUCGGGCUUCAUUGUCAGCAGGACCGAUAUCCCCCGCGGCUGGAUUUGGGCUUUCUGGGCCUCGUACUACCAGUGGGCUUUCUCUGGUAUGCUCGGCAACGAGUUUGCUGAUGGCUCAGCAAAGGGCACUGCUACACUGCAGUAUUUCGGCAUGGCUGACCUGGACUGGUUGACCAAAUGGAGGGCUGUCAUCAUCCUUAUCGGAUACUACAUUUCCUUCCGUGUCAUCGGCCUCUUGCUUCUUCUUGCCAAGAAGGCCUAG